AUGUUAAAUGAUUAUUGGGCUAAAGACCCAGACCUGAACAACAACUUACUAGCAGUUUUGCUGAGAUUCAGGGGUGAGCAAGUAGCUCUAGUUGGUGACAUCCGGAAGAUGUUUCACUCCAUUAGUAUAUCCUUAAUUGAUCAGCAUUGCCAUAGAUUCUUGUGGAGAGGGCUUGAAACAGAGAAACCACCAAAAACUUACUGUGUAACGGCAGUCAAUUUUGGCGACAAGCCAUCAGCCACCAUAGCUAUCGCAGCAUUACGAAAAACAGCAGAAGUGGGUAGAGAGAAAGCUCCUGAAGCAGCAGAUACUAUACUAAACAACGUCUACAUGGAUGACGUGUUGCAGUGUGUAGAGACAAGAGAAAUGGCUGAAAGGCUGACAAAGGAAGUGGAUUGUCUGCUAAAACCUGGAAACUUUUCUAUAAAGGAGUGGAUAAUAUCUGGAGAGGAGAGUGGGAAAAAGCAAGACCGAUCUUUGGAGACGAAGAAGGUAUUAGGGAUCUGUUGGAAGCCGAAAGAAGACCUAUUAACCUUUCAAGGAAACUUCAGUAUGUUUCAUGACGUUCCUCAACCGCUUACAAAGAGGAUUUGUUUGAGCAAAAUUAAUGCAGUGUAUGAUCCAUUGGGUCUAUUGACGCCAGUGACUGUGAGAGCCAAGAUUCUACUAAGGAAGUUAUGGGGUGAAGGUCUUGCGUGGGAUGAGCCAAUUAAAGAUGAAUAUCAACGAGAGUGGUUUAAAUUGUUUAAUGACCUGGAAGACAGCGCAGGAAUAAUGUUUAAACGGUGUGUCAAGCCAGUGGCAGCUAAGCCAGGAGCGGACCCCACACUAGUGAUGUUCUCUGAUGCAUCAGAGAAAGCUAUGGGAGCUGUUGCAUACAUAAGGUACGAAGUGCAAGAUGGAAGAUAUGAGUCCCAUUUGAUGGCUUCCAAAAGUAGAGUUGCGUCGAUAGAAAUUACAAGCAUUGUUCGACUAGAAUUAAGUGCAGCAGUCUUGAGCAAACGGUUGGCGAAAACCAUAAUGGAGGAAACCAACAUUUGCUUUCAAAGAGUAUUUUAUAUCGUAGACAGCAUGAUUGUCCGUGCCAUGAUCCAGAAACAGAGUUAUGGAUUCAAAACCUUCGCGGCAACGCGCAUCG